AAAUGUAAAUUGAAUGUAUUAAUAAGCAUGCAACAGUGAGAAAAAUCAGUUGAGUGUUGGAUACGCAGGAGACGGUUGUUAUUUGUCUUCUGCUAAUUUCAUUGAAAAUAUUACAAUAAUGAAGUUCAUCAUAAUCAAUAUUACUCUAUUGGUUAUGAUGACAUUGUACAGCACAAUGAUAGAGGAAAUUAUUCCGAAUAUCACAACGAAUUUGUUCUACACAUUGGUGAUAAUAUCAGUUAUAGAGAAGUUAAAACAUUUUGUGUUAAAAUUUGAUGAUUAUAACGAUGCUGCUGCAGAUGCUGAUGCUCCUGCUGCUGCCCCUGCUGCUGCUCCUGCUGUUGCUGCUAAUGAUGAUGAUGAUGAUUUCGCAGAUGAUGAAGAGAAUGAUGAAGAUUAUGGACAUGAUGAGUUAUUUGAGGAUGUUGAUGAUGAUAAUGGUGAAGAUGAUGAAGUGGAUGAUGAAGAUUUCGGAUACGAUGAGGUUUGUGACGAUUAUGAUGAUGAUGUAAAUGAUGAUGAUUAUUUUGCAGAUGAUGAAGAGAGUGAUGAAGAUUAUGGACAUGAUGAGUUAUGUGAGGAUGUUGAUGAUGAUAAUGGUGAAGAUGAUGAUAAAUGUUUUGGACGUGAUGUGUUUUGUGACGAUGACGUUGCUGAUGAUGUAGCGGAUGAUGAAGAUUGUGGAUGUGAUAAAUGUUGUGUGAAGACAAUUAUGAUGAUGAUGAUGUUGAAAAUGAAGCGGAUGAUGAUGAAGAUGAUGGAGCGGAUAAAGUAGAUUACGGAUGUCAUGAGCAUUGUAACGGUGACGAUAAUGAAGAUGAUGAGGUGGAUGAUGAAGAUCAUGUCUAUGAUGAUGAUGUUGAUGAUGUAUAUGAGACUGAUGAUUAUUAUCAUGAUAAUGUGGAUGAUGUUGAUGUUGUGAAUGAUGAUGUUAAUAAUAAUAAUAAUAAUAAUUGUAUUAUUUAUGAUAAUAAUUUGUUUAAUCUAACUAAUCAUUUCAAUGUGAUUUGAUAAUAAUUCUCAUUUAUAUUUUCUAUCAAUUCUCCUUUGAUUGGUAUAGGAUGAAGGUAUUCAAAGAAGGAGAAUACAGAAUGGAACAAUGAAGAAGAAUGUGAUUUUGAUUGUGUACAAAUUUGAUUUUACAUUGUAUAAUAUAAUCUUAAAAUAAUGC